GAACAAAUCCAGGCUCACCUGCAAGCCCUGAGGGGAGACAGAGACAAACUCCUGGAGCUCCGAGAGGCUGAGCUGGGGAGGAGUUUGGAGCAGCUGGAGAGGGCUGAAGCUGAGGGGCAGAGGCUGCUCUCCAUGUUCAGAGGGCUGCGUGGCUUCCUGGAGGGCCACGUCCAUCUCCUGCUGGCCCAGCUGAGGGACCUGCAGAGGGACCUGGAGCAAAGGCAGGAGGAGAACGUCACCAGCCUGACCCAGGAGAUCUCCCGGCUCGACACCUUGAUCCAGGAGAUGGAGGAAAAGUGUCAGCGACCAGCCAGGGAGUUCCUGAAGGACAUCAGAGGCACCUUGGGCAGGUUGGAAAAGGGAAAUUUCCAGCAGCCCCCGUUGUUUCUGCCAGAGCUGGAGAAGAAAAUCAGCCACUUUAGGGAGAAAAAUACAACUCUAGAGGAGAUUCUGAGGAGCUUCCAAGACACCCUGGUGUUCGAGCUGCCUGAAAAGAUGAAGGUGACCCUGGACCCCUCCACAGCUCACCCCCAGCUCGUCGUGUCGGGGGACGGGAGGAGCGUGAGGUGGGAGGACCCCUUGGAGGACCCACCCCCCGAGGGCUCCUUGGGCACCGACCCCUGCGUGCUGGGCAGCGAGGGCAUCGCCUCGGGGAGCUGCUGCUGGGAGGUGGAGGUGGCCCCCAAAGGCUCCUGGGCCCUGGGGGUGGCCAGGGAGUCCCUGAAGAGGAGGGAGGAGGGGGCUGAGAGCCCUGAGCUGGAGCUCUGGUCCAUGGGGCUCUGCGAGGGGCAGUUUUGGGCUCUCACCUCCCUGGAGCGGGUCCCUCUCUACCAGAUCCAGGUCCCCAGCAGGGUCCGAGUCUCCCUGGACUACGAGAAGGGUCAGGUGGCUUUUUUUGAUGCCGACAGGAGAGCUCUGAUCUUCACCUUCCCAGCAGCCUCCUUUAAAGGGGAGCGUGUCCUGCCCUGGUUCCUGGUGUGGGGCGAGGGCUCCCAGAUCACCCUCUGUCCCUGA